AUGAAAUUCCAAUCCUCCUUGCUCCUUGUGCUCCUUCCCGCACUGUCAACUGCGGCGACAUCUAUCAAUCCGAUUGCCCAGCCCUCUGGAUAUCCAUCGCGUGAAAUCUCCAGUCUUGACUCUCGCUACGCUGAUGCCGAUACAUUGGGAGGUGCCAAUUCCGCCAAAGGUUCGCUGGACGUUCCUGUAGAUGGCAAGGAUGGCAGGCCACACGCUGGGCCGUGGGUGGAAACCAGUGCAGAGAGAGAUCGCAAGAGCAGCCAAGACACAAACAAUGUUGAUCUCAUGUCAACAAAAUUCGAUACCAAGAUUUCUUCUUCCGAACACCUCGGCACACAGGAGGGGAAAGCGAUCCCGUAUUCCAACAGUGGCGUGAUGGAUGACCCGAACCGCACGGGUCCGAAAGAAGGCACACGAGGUACAGAGGGUGGAGUGUCGGAGAAAGGAAAGGAGAAUCAGUGGAACGCCGAGAAGGUACCGGGUGCCCCCAAGGAAGCGCUACCACUUCCCCACAGCGAGGCACAAAAGUUACCCUCGGACAGCGACAGCACUACAAGUGGCAGUCGUACCGCUGAGGGUGCUGGAACCCUUGGCAUGCUGGAGAAGCCCGCCGAUCUCCCCGAAAAGCCCCACGAUAUCCCUCAUCCCAAGCCUGCUUCCCAAGUCAACAAAGAUCGUCUGGCUAUUGAGAAAGGCGCUUCCGGCUCCAGCUCAUACCCCAGCUCUUCGAGCGCCUAUACCAAGGAGGAAGCAGUCACCGAGGAAAGCGAUGGACUCCAUUCUCUCGUUUUCGCCUUCACCAUGAUCAUCGUGUCUGAAAUCGGUGACAAGACCUUCCUCGUCGCCGCACUCAUGGCAAUGCGCCAUCCCCGCCUGGUUGUAUUCUCGUCUGCCUUCUGUGCCCUCGCCACAAUGACCGUUCUCUCCGCUGUCCUCGGCCACGCCGUUCCGACUCUUAUUCCCAAGUCCCUCACGAAGUUCAUGGCAGCCAUCCUGUUUCUCAUUUUCGGUGCAAAGAUGUUCAAGGAGGGUCGGGAAAUGUCCCCGGACGAGGGUGUUGGAGAGGAGAUGCGGGAAGUUGAGAUGGAGCUCGAGGAGAAAGAACAGGAGCAGAUGCGCAUGGGUCGUCGUCGCUCAUCCGUAACUCCACACUCCUUGGAGGCUGGUCGUGUCCCCAAGGCUCGUGGUUCGCACAACCGUCUCCCUUCUCCUCCUGAGAGCGUAUCCUCUUCUUCGUCGCGUGGCUCCUCCCCUACUCCUCGGCAUCGCUUGAACGAUUUAACGACUGGCGUCAGCAAUCUAUUCUCUCUUCUUUUGAGCCCCGCAUGGGUGCAGACCUUUGUCAUGACCUUCCUUGGUGAAUGGGGCGAUCGAAGCCAGAUUGCGACUAUUGCCAUGGCAGCCGGUCAGGAUUACUGGUGGGUGACCGUUGGAGCUACAAUUGGUCAUGGUAUUUGUACCGCUGCUGCCGUCAUCGGUGGACGUGCGAUUGCUGGUCGUGUCAGCAUGCGUGUCGUCACUCUGGGUGGUGCCGCAGCGUUCCUUCUCUUCGGCAUCAUUUAUCUCAUUGAAGCGGCAUUUUAA